AUGGCUGGGGAGUCUCAUGUCUAUAGCAGAGGGCACGAGAGUGAGUACGUGCUGAUAAGAUCAUCCCGUAAGGCAUUUCCUAUUAGUAGCAGGUCGGAGUCUGUAAGCUCUUCAAGAUGUAAUACACCCGUGAGAUUCGUUUCUCCUUCUAAUCGAAAUAAAAUGAACCUGGAUCUUAAUAGCCAGACUGCAGAAUAUAUACCAACUUUGAAACAUAAGUGGUCACAUACGCAUUCAAUAUUAUGUGUACUAGCGGCACCAAGCAAAAAGGUGUUGUUCUGUGGAACCCAGGAUUCAAAGUUAUUAAUAUUUGAUAUGGAAAAUUAUAAUUUGAAGUUUGAAAUCAACUGUGGACAUAUGGAUAAUACUGCUUCAAUUUUAUGUUUGGCUUUAAGUGACGAUGAAAACCAUCUUUUCAGUGCCGGGUCUAAUUCACUAGUCAGUGCGUGGGACGUUUCAUCUGUCAAUAGUAAGAAUGACUGUUCGAUAGUUUGUACCCAUAUCGUCUACUCAGCACUUGAUAUUGGUGAUAUAUUUUCCAUAGCUUGGUCGCAGUCUUUGUCUACAUUAUUUAUUGGAGCUCAAAAUGCUUCUAUACUUUGGUGUCAAUUGGAUCUAGCAGAAGAGAAAAAGGAUGAGACCGGUAGUACUAUGGAAAGGUUACCCCAUCUUAGGUAUGACAAAUUCUUCGAUUCCAAAGGUCCUGGUGGUUUGACGAAUUUUUCACAGACGAAAUACAAGCUGACUGACCGAGCAAAAAAGCAUGACUUUGUUCAUGAUCCUAAGCUAGUAGAAGUGGGACACAACGACUUAAUUAGGUUUGCUCAUUAUGGUUACGUUUAUUGCAUGGAAAUAUUUGACACAUCAUCUGAAAAAUACGAUUUCCUUUGCAAUUAUUCUGGAGCUUAUAAAAAUAUAUUAAUAUCCUGUGGUGGUGAUGGUGUCGUCAACAUUUUUGGUGUCAAUGGUGGCUUAAAUAUUACGAUCAGUAAGUUGAAGUCACUCGAUAAUCUUGAGUCCAUUUUAUCUAUGACGGUUCAAAAUUCGUAUUUAUAUUUGGGAUUGUGCGACUCUUCACUUAAGGUGUGGGAUUUGAUGACUCUUCAGUUGAUCAGAUCUUUUGAGUUCACAUCUGAUUCUGACACAGAUGCUGAAAAUAGAACAACAUAUGAUGAAGUUUUGAGUUUGGGUAUCUGCAAUGAUUGCAUUUUUAAAGCAUCUAACUUAGGAGGUCUUAUCAAAUUUUCUUUGAAAAGGUAUACAGCCCCCGUUCCCCCAGAUGAUGAAAAGGGAAAUAAUAAUCACCUUAGCGAAGAACUAGUUUCAAGUGUUGUAGUAUAUACCGAAGAUGAAACUUAUAAUCAUCUUUUUAAUAGUUCUUAUUGUCUCGAGAAUGGGGCUGUUCUAGCAAUCAAAAUAUUUACUAGUGGUCUGUCAACCUAUUUACUAUCUGGUGGGCAUAAAUCAUUGUGCUUGUGGGAUAUUACUUCCGUUGCAGGAAAUGACACCUUUCAAAAUGUCAGCAACCCAAUGGCGGCUGAAUCUUUUGACCAAGAUUUAUCUAAUGGAGAUUUGAUUAACUCCCUACGCCAGUUCAUUUCCUUCAGGACCAUCCUGAAGUGUCCAACAUUAUAUUUGGAAGACUCUAGGCAAUGUGCACAGUUUUUAACAAAAUUAUUUAUUACGCUAGGGUCUUCACAGACAAAGCUCCUACCCGUAACAAAUGGGAACCCGGUAGUUUACGCAAAAUUUUCGAAGAAUACGAAAGAAGAAAAGGAUGAAAUAAAUUCGAAAAGGAAUGCAAGGAUUCUUUGGUAUGCUCACUAUGACGUAGUUGAUGCGGAAUCUGAAGAUGAUAGUUGGUCUACGGAUCCAUUCACUUUGGUAGCCAAAGACGGAAAUGUGUAUGCUCGUGGUGUAUCGGAUAAUAAGGCGCCAACAUUAGCAGCAAUGUAUGCUGUAUCUGAAUUACAUCUGAAAGGAAAACUUUCAUGUGACGUCGUGUUUGUUGUCGAAGGUGAGGAAGAAUGUGGGUCUAUAGGGUUCCAAAAUGUCAUAAAUGAAAAUAAGGCGUUGAUAGGUAAUAUUGACUGGGUGCUUUUAUCAAAUUCUUACUGGAUAGAUGAUGAAACGCCUUGUCUCAACUAUGGGUUGAGAGGAGUGAUCAAUGCAUCCAUAACAGUUGAAUCAGAUAAGCCAGAUAGACAUUCAGGAGUUGACGGAGGAGUCCUGAGAGAGCUGACUAUGGAUUUGAUACAUGUGUUGAGUCAAUUGACAGAUCCUAAAACAGGCAAAAUUAACCUCGAGGGCUUUUAUGACGAUAUUUUGCCUUUAACGGAACGAGAAAUAGAUAUUUACCGAAACAUAGAGAAAGCCGCUUCAUCAAAAGAUAUAGUGGAUCAAGAUUUGAAAACAUUAAUAGCUAAAUGGCGCGAUCCUUCAUUAACCAUUCAUAAGAUUCAAGUUUCAGGACCCAAUAACAAUACAGUUAUCCCUAAGGUCGCUAAAGCAUCUGUUUCAAUGAGAAUUGUUCCUAAUCAAGAUAUAGAAAAGAUCAAAGCCCUGUUGAUAAAUUUUGUCAAUGAAAGGUUUAACGAUCUUGGAUCUGAGAACCACUUACUGAUUAACAUAUUUCACGAAGCUGAGCCUUGGUUAGGUGAUCCCUCCAAUUUAGUUUAUCAAAUUCUUUAUGAGAAGAUUAAGGAACACUGGGGCCCCAAAGCACCGGAUCCAUUAUUCAUUCGUGAAGGUGGUUCAAUCCCAUCUGUCAGAUUUUUGGAAAAAUGUUUCGAUGCACCUGCAGCCCAAAUUCCUUGCGGUCAAGCAAGCGAUAAUGCUCAUUUAAAAGACGAGAAGCUUAGGCUCUUGAAUUUAUUCAAACUAAGAAGCAUAUUAACUGAUUCCUUUGAAGAGAUAGGUAAUAGUAAUUAA